UGGAUCCACAUCUGUGUUUCAUCUUGUUCCAAUCAUUUUCAUUUUACUCCUUUUGCAGUAAUCAAACAUUUAUUGAACCAACAAUGGCCGAAUCAAUUGCUUUCGACAUCGCCGUAGAGCUUAUUACUAAAUUGAGCUCCUUUGCUGUCUCUCAAAUUGGACUGUGGUGGAAUGUCAAAGAUGACCUCGAUGACCUCAAAACCACUGUCUCGACCAUCAAAGCUGUGCUCCUUGAUGCAGAAGAGAAAUCGGUGACCAACAAUCUCGUCAAAGUUUGGCUUGAGAAGCUGAAAGAUGUACUUUAUGAUGCCGACGACUUGCUUGAUGAUUUCUCUACCGAAGCUUUGCGGAAAGAUCUAAUGGGUGGGAAAAAGCUGAUGAAAGAGGUACGCCUUUUCUUCUCAAGCUCAAACCAGUUUGCUUACGGUCUCAAAAUAGGUCAGAAAAUUAAGGCCAUUAAGGCCAGAUUAGCUUCAAUUGAAAGUAAGGCCAACACUUAUGGCUUCAUGGUGCGUGGCAGCCCCGUGGAAACCUCUUUCGAGACUACAAAGAGGCAGCAAACGCACUCUUUUGUGCCUAAAGAUAAAAUAAUAGGGAGGGACGAUGAUAAAACAGCUCUUCGAAAACUCGUGUUAGAGUUUGAAAGUGAAGAGAAUGUUUACAUCAUUCCAAUUGUGGGGUUUGGAGGGUUAGGGAAGACUGCUUUGGCGCAGUUUGUUUAUAAUGAUAAAAUGGUCCGUGAUCAUUUUGAAUUGAAGAUGUGGGUGUGUGUUUCAGAUGUUUUUGAUGUCAAAAUAAUUGUAGAAAACAUUAUCAAAUCUGCCACUGGCAAGGCACCAAAGAAAAAUCUCGAAAUGGACCAGUUGCAAGAACAACUUCGAGAAAAAAUUGGUGGGAAAAAAUAUUUGCUUGUUUUAGAUGACAUUUGGAAUGAAGACUGGGAAGAAUGGGUUAGUUUAGAAGAGUUAUUGAUAGAUGGGGCUAAAGGAAGUAGGAUAAUAGUAACUACUCGCUCUUUUAAGGUAGCCAAAAUCACUAGUAAAUGUCAACCUCAUGUUCUAAAAGGCUUGUCUGGUGAUGAUGCUUGGUCUUUGUUCAGAGAGAUAGCAUUUGAGCAAAGAUCUAUGGACUCAACAGAUUUAGCCUUUGUGCAAAUAGGAAAACGGAUUUUGGAAAGGUGUGGUGGGGUUCCCUUAGUCAUAAGGAAGAUAGCAAGUACGUUAUAUUACAAAAAAACUGAAAAAGAGUGGCGUUCUUUCAAAGAUAAUGAACUUGUUAGAAUAAUAUUUCAAAACGAAAGUAAAAUUCUACCAACACUUAAGCUGAGCUACGAUCAUCUCCCAUCCCAUUUAAAGCAUUGCUUUACCUUUUGUCGACUGUAUCCAAAAGAUUAUGAAAUUCAUGUACAAACUCUUGUCCAAAUUUGGAUUGUACAAGGUUUCGUAAAGCAAUUGAAUCCAAGUCAAUCUCUUGAGGAUAUCGGGUUUGGGUAUUUUAAAGAUUUAGUUGAAAAAAGUUUCUUUCAAGAGGUAGUAGGAGAAAGAUAUGUGGGGGAAGGACUAAAAUGUAAAAUGCAUGAUUUAAUGCAUGAUCUAGCUGUAUCAAUAGCAGGGGCAGAGAGCAGUAUUGUAGAUUCAAAUAACAUUACAAGUGAGGUUGGUGAAAAAUGUCGCCACAUAUCAAUUAAUGCUUCAUUAAUUCCUCAAUUUAGGGGAAAGAAGUUGCGAACCUUGUUACGGUCUUCAAACAAGGGAGUUCAAAACUUUCACCACGAAACUUGGGAUUUUAUAAUUUCAAAUUGUAGACGCUUGCGUGUAUUAGAAUUAUAUAAUUUAAAUCUUGAAAUGAUUCCAUGCCUCAUUCAUAAGUUAAAACAUUUGAGAUACCUUGAUCUUUCUCGCAAUCGCCGGAUUAAAACUCUCCCUGAAAGUAUUUGUGAGAUACAAAAUUUGCAAGUGCUGAAACUUGACUUUUGUAGUGGGCUUAAAGAAUUACCGAAGAAUAUUGAAAAAUGGGGAAAUCUUACCCAUCUUGGGUGUAAAAAUUGUGGUUUAACACAUAUGCCACGUGGAAUAGGAAAGCUGAGUUCCCUUGAAACGUUAAGCAUGUUUGUUGUGGAUAAAGAUGGUUCCCAUGGCGGUGCAGAUCUAAGUGAAUUGAGUGGGCUUAACAACUUAAGGGGAGAGCUAAUAAUAAGAAAUUUGGGAUUCGUAAAAAAUGCACGAGAGCAGUUUAAGGCUGCUAAUUUGAAAGAGAAGCAACAUUUGAGAUCGUUAGUUUUACAAUGGCAUCGUGCUGCUGCUGAUGAUGAUGAGAAGUCACUUGAAGACCUCCAACCCCAUCCUAAUCUCGAGGAGCUCCGUAUUGUAGGAUGGAGAGGUGAUGCCAACUUUCCAAAUUGGCCCAAAAGGAAUCAAGGAGAAGCAGAAUCAUUCUUCCCAUCGCUUAAGUUUCUUUGGCUCCAGAAUUGCCCGAAGAUGAAGAGUUGGUGGAGGACGACAAAACCAAUCGAUGAUGAUUCCAACGAGGAUGACACAAGAGUUAUGGGAACAUCAACUAUGGCUUUUCCUCGUCUUUCCACUUUAUGGAUUGUAAAUUGCCCUUUGACUUCAAUGCCGUUGUAUCCAUCACUUGAGGAGCUAAAGUUGGUGAAUACCAGUUCAAGGCCGUUUAAGCAGACCAUCAAGAUGAACAUCAACGCUGAGACCCCAUCAACUUCAACCUCUUCUCUUCCUCUCUCCAAUUUGAAAUCUUUCACCGGCCUCAAAAAAUUAAGAAUAGAAAAAUGGAAGGAGGUUGAUAUAGAGGGCAUGAAAGGGGAAUAUCUAAAAAAUCUGCGAAGUCUUUCUCUCGCUAAUUUUCCCAAUUUAAAAUCGCUUCCGGAGUGGAUUCAAGAUCAAAAAAAUCUGCUAUGGCUUUCGCUCAUUAAUUUUCCCAAGUUAACAUCGCUUACGGAUGAGAUGCGUUGCCUAACCAAUUUGCAAGAGUUAGAUAUACAUGGAGUUCCUCAGUUGGAGGAAAGGUGUGAGAAGGACAUUGGUGCGGAUUGGUACAAGAUUGCUCACAUCCCUUCAGGUUGGUCUUUUCAUUAA